AUGCCUAAUAAUAAAUUGCAGAAGAAUUUAGCUAAUAAAUUGCCCAAUAGUUCAAAGGGCACGAAACUAUUUAGUGCUCAAAGAAUUAAGCAGCUAGCCAAAGAUAAGAAAUUAUUAGAUGAUGCUUUAUUAGAUUGUUAUGGAAGAUUUAUUGCAUUAUUACCUGAGUUUUUAUUAAAAGAUCAUGUACAUUUAUAUUUUCAAAUUCAAGAAGCGUAUUGGUGGUAUGAUGAUAUGUGGCAGGAUAAAUAUCCAGACAAAUUACCAAAAUUGAGUUUAAAAACAUUUGGUUAUUUAAUAUGUGACGAUUGUCCAAUUUUAAAGAAAUAUGUACCUCCAUCAGCUCAUGAACAAUUUUCUUUAAAUUGGCGAAGAUACUGUAGAACGAUACCAUUGAGAGGUGCUAUUCUUUUAAAUCAUGAUUUAAGAAAAUGUUUACUAGUAAAGGGAUGGAGCACAGAUAGUUGGUCUUUUCCAAGAGGAAAAGUGGAUGAAUUAGAAGAAGAUUCUGUGUGUGCUUGUCGAGAGAUUUACGAAGAAAUAGGUAUAGAUAUAUUUCCGUAUAUUGAUGAGCAAGUAUAUAUCGAAACUCAUAUUGAAGAUCAGCCGAUAAAAUUAUUUGUAAUUCCAGGUAUAAGAGAAGAUACAAAAUUUCAGCCAAAGACGAGAAAAGAAAUUGGAGACAUUCGGUGGUUCGAUAUCGAGAAACUAUUAGAAUAUAAAGAUUCCAAAAGAAGAAAAGAAACCUUUUUUGACAAUAAAAAAGAGCGUAUAAAUUAUAUGUUUGUAUGUCCGUUUAUCCCGAAUUUGAUUAAAUGGAUUAACGUUUUAAAAUUAUCCAUAAAAGGAAAAGUUUCCAAAAAAAAUACGUACGUUUCAGGAAGUAGUAUAUUAUCUUACAAAUAUCAAAUAACUGGUAUUGACGCUCAUAUUAUAAAGAAGUUACAAAAUGCGGAUAUGGAAACGAAGGAUAUGUAUAAAUCGAAUUAUUAUUUUUUUAAAAGUGAUGAUGAUUAUUAUUAUGAUGAAGAAGUUGAUUCUUUAUCUAACAAAGACACGUAUGCGGAUGUUUUAAAUGUGAACAGUAUUAAUAGUGACAUGAUGAAGCAGUAUAAUACAUUUGAUAAGGGAUAUGUGAGUAUGAGUAAUGAUAGUAGUAAUAAUAAUAAUAAUAAUAAUAAUAAUAAUAAUAAUAAUAAUAGCCAUAUGUUAAUAAAUAAUAGUGUGUAUAAAAAUGAGGAGGGUUCAAAUAUACCUUAUGGGAACAUUUAUAAUAAUUUUGUACCUAAUGUGUUUAAUAUGGACAACAUGAAAAAGGAUCAUAUAAUGGAUAAGUGUAAUGAGGAUAAUAUGAAUGAUCAUAUGAUGAAUAAUAAUAUGAAUCAUAAUAUAAUAUAUGACAAAAAGGUUAUGAGUAAUAAUAAUAUUAAACAUAAUAAUAAUAAUAAUAAUAUUAAGCAUAAUAAUAAUUAUCAUAAUAACAAUAGUAAUAAUAAGGAUGCCAAGAAAGUUAUAAAUAAUAUGCUUGUGAAAGGAAAUAUGAACAAUAAUAAUAAUAAUAAUAAUUAUAAUAAUAACUAUUACCAUUAUAAUAACAAAUAUUAUUAUAACAAUAAAUAUAUGUAUUACCCAAAUUAUAAUAUAAAUUACGGUAAUAACUAUAAUAUGUAUUAUAAUAGAGGAUAUCAUAGCUACUUCAAUAAAAAUGGUGAUCAAGACUUUUAUCAGAAGAUGUAUAGGAAUCAUAUUAAAAAAAUAGGCGUGGGUCAUCUCUCAGCCUUACGAUUGAAGGAGGUAGGUUUAAGAAGUUUUGAUGAUCAAUAUAUUGAGAAGAGGAAAUAUUUUCAGAUGAGAGUAUAUGGAAAUAAUAAGAAUAAAUUAUUAUAUAAUGCAAAAAAUGAUAUAUAUGGAAAUCAUAGAAAGAUGAUGAGAAAUGCUUAUCGUUCAGUAGACGACUCUUCGGUGUAUUACAAGUCCUCAAGAAAUACGAACCUAGACGCAUGUAAUGAGAAAACGUUUGGAGAAAAUCACAUGAAUGGUUGGAGUGCCGAGGAUAUGUUUAAAUUGAAUGAACAGAAGUUUGGAAUACAAUCAACAUAUAAUAUAGAUAAUUAUACAACUCCCUUAAAUUGUAAUGAUGAGAAGAAGAGUAGUAGAUAUGUAAAAGAGACUUUAAAAAGUGUAAAUGUAAAAGGCGUGUCUUCUAAUGGUUUGAAUGGUCUUCUUUCUGCAUCGUUUGAUAAAAGUCCCGUAAAUAAAGAGAUUCAAUAUUUUUUAAAUAACACAAAAAAUAUGUUAUCAAAGGGAAAUAUGAAUAGCACGAAUGAGAAUGUUGAUAUGGUUAUAACUAAAAGUUCAAAUAAUAAUAAUAUUAAUGAAAAUAAAAAUAAAAAUAAUAAUGAUAAUAUUAGUGAGAUGAACAAGUUGUCCAAGUGUGUGGAUAGCAAUCCAAAUUUAAAUGUCGGAAAAGAAGAGGUUGAUCAUAUAAAGAUGGUAAAGAACAAAAAUAUUUUGGAUAUCACUAAAAAGAACAACAACAAUAAUAAUAAUGAUAAUGUUCAUGUGGAUAAUAGCAAAAAAGUAAUGAUGAAGAAAAAAAAAAAAAGCCUAGGAGAAAUGUCAAAAGGGAUAGAAAGAAAUGGUUCAUAUUAUUCGCUUAAGGGUGAUAUAAGGGAGAAGAAUAAGGAAAAUGUAAAGAAUAAUAAAAUGAUAUCAAAUGUUAUGGAUACAAAUACUUAUGAUAAUAAUAAUAUCAAGUUGAAGAAGAAUGAUAAUUUAUCGAAUAAAUUAAAAAAUAAUAAAAAUAACGAUAUAUUCAUAAAUGAUAAUAAAAAAAUGAAUAGUCAAAAUAUGGUAGUUAAUAAAAAUGUAUUUAGUCCUAGUACUAGUGUAUCAAAUAUUUGUGAUGAUAGAGAUAUUGUGAAAAAAUUAAGUGUAAGUAGUAAAAAAAAUGUUAAGGACAAAUUCGAUAUAUUCAAUUUUGAUGAUUCAUAUACUGACGACGAUAUGGAUGAUAAAGAUGUGUCUUGCAUAAAUGGGGAAGAUGAUAUAAAUGUGAAUACCUUGACCGGGAAGAUAUUGAUGGGAUUAAUUAAAGGAAGUAGUAGUUUAAAUAAUGAAGAGGAAGAAAAUACAGCAAAGAUGAAUAAACAACUAGAUGUAAAAAAUGGUAUAGAUAAUAAUAAUAAUAAUAAUAAUAAUAUUAAUGAGGGUGUUGUUAUAAAUAAUAAAAAAAAAGAUACUGUGAAGAAUAAUUCUUGUCAAAGAAAAAAAGAUAUACAUAUUACAAGUGAAAUAUAUAAGGAUAAUCAUAAAAAAAAAGACGUAAAAAAAAUACAUAUGGAAAAAGCGAAUAGCAGAAGGAAUGAUCAAAUUAAUAAUGAUGAUAAUAAAACUGUCAAGGAUAAAAUGAAGAGAAAAAAUAAAACAACUGUUGAUAAUAAAAGGUCUGAAAAUUUUAAUGAAACGGAAAUUAUGGAAAAAUUAUCCAAGCAUUUGAAUAGUUAUAACCCCUUCGAAUGA